AGCUGCUUUUAAAGUUUGUAUCUAUGGAACAUAAGUGAUCUAAAUAAACACUACUAUAUGGGUUGAGAUAUAAGCAAAUUUUUAAGGGUUCGCAGUCACAGGUGACAAUGUCGCGGGGCAAGUUUGAGACGGAGAAGUUGAUAGAGAACAUGAAGAGUCAGUUGGAGAGGCUGGUGCAGCAGUUGGCCGAUCUGGAGGAGUGCAAGGAUGACCUUGACGAGGCUGAAUAUGAGGAGACAAAGCAAGACACUUUAGAUCAGCUGCAGGAAUUCAACAACACCAUGUCGAGGAUGAUGUCGGGAGACAUGACGUUGAUCGAUCAUCUCGGGUCGGUUCAGCUGGCCACGCAAGCAGCUAUUAGCGCAGCAUUCCACACUCCGGAAGUGAUAAGAAUGUUUGCUCGCAAGGAACCAGGGCAGCUGCGAGAGAGGAUGGUUGAAGUCGAGGAAGGUCUGAAGCUCGGGAAACUGUCCCAGGAAGCCAGCAUCAGACAGAAGAUGGAGAUCCUGAGUGCGUUGAGGCAGCUGGGGGAGAAGCUCUCUGUGGUGGAGCUACAGUAUCUGGAACAGCACUCCGACGACUUCACAGCAGCGUCCCAGCAGUUCAUUAAGCUCACAGACACAACAGAUUCUGGCGAGAGAGCACUGACAAUGGCCAAAUCGGAGGCUAGUAGAAUGUACAAUGCCUGAAGAAACAUCUUCAACAAAAGUGAUUGUGCAGAGUUCAAACACUCAGUGAGUUGAUGACUGUCAUUUUUUGUGAAAAUAUUUUAUACAACUUGAAUAAAAAAAUUGUCUUGAAUAAAAUUUGUUUUGCUAUAAAUUGUGACAACUAUUACAAAGAACUUUUAAUGCAAUUUGAAGCUUACCAUUGUUAUUCAAAAUAUGUAUUACAUUUAUUUAAAUGAAUGUUUGGUGCUGAUUCUUGUCCGUGCUUCAACUAUUAUUCUUGAACAGUAUUGUUUGAAUGUAUAUAUUUUGGUACAUAAAGAAUUGUUUUUAAUAGCAAGGAUUUUUUUUUUAAAUUUGUUCUAAAGGUUAUUUCUACCAUCUCAAUCAUGAGAACAGAAGUGAGAAUAUAGUCGAAUCUUUCAAAAAAUUUAUGUGCAGGGUAACAUAGCAGUAUGUUGAUUUACAAAACCUUUAUUUUGGAAAUAUGGUUUUACUUUUAGUAGUAGAGGUAAGCCAUCUGUAGAAGAUGUUAUUAAUUUUUAUUUUAUGUAUUAGUUGUAAUGAACAGGCAGAUACUAAUGAUUGAGGGCUGCUGAUGAAUGUCUUGUGUUGAAGGUCUUUUUCCAACAUCUUACAAACCUUGUCUUGCCAAACCGAUUGGCUAUUGUUAUAAUUCAGUUCUUUGUUUGAUGUCAUGUUGAACAAAUAAUGCAUAAUUUUAUCAUGUAAGGCUGAUUUGAUAGUGUUACAAGCUGGAAAAAGUAAGUAUAACCCUCUGUUGAUUAUUGUACUAAAGUAUGUUAAUAUACUAUGAAUAUGCCAUUUUUCGCAAGUUUUAUGCUUUCGCUACACCAUAAUUCUUGCUUUAUUUGUUCCAUAUUAAAUAACUUCAAUUCCAAACAUUAGCUGUAUAGUUCAACUCCAACUCCAGUCCCCCCACUGAAUGACAGGAUCCGGAUGUGCAAAAAUCAAAAUAUCGGAGUUAAAACUGCAAAUGACUCUAGAAAAAUGUUUAAUCUUUAAAUGCAGGAUGGAAAGUUUCAAAUAUUUAAAUACAAACAGGUUUUUUUUAUUUUUUAUUUAGGGAACAUAAGUUGCAACUAUAGUUUUUAAGUAUUGCAAAUACAUAUAGUUUUUAAGUAUACAGUAAGUGUUUUUUAUGAAAUCAUGAUAUACACACAUGCAUAUAUACAUGUCAGGGUGGCUGGUAACAACGAAAACCUGGAAAGUCAGGGAAUUUCUUAA